GUCUGUCUCGACUGAUAAUAUAACAGUCUGCCCACGCGGCGCACAAUCAGUCAUGUCGCGGUUGCAGACGUUGUUACUGGCGCAGGUUGUCGCCGCGUUGUGCGCGCACGCAGAUGUAUCGGUAUCCACACCAAAACCUAAAAAGGUAUUGGACACGAUCAUGGAGCCAAAAUUCAUCCCGCCAGAAGAAAAAAUCGGACUACAUUGGAAGAGGUCUGCUAUUAACACGAUACGAUCCAAACUGCAGGUGACCAUCAAUGAGAAUAAAGCCAAGAACGGCAUAUUAUUUAUUGGAGACGGUAUGUCAGUAGCUACCAUUAUGGCUGCAAGGACAUACGGUGGACAGCUCGCCCAAGGAAUUGGAGAGGAGAACAUUUUGGAAUUCGAGAAGUUCCCUAUCACAGGAUUGGCAAGGACUUACUGCAUCGACGCCCAAGUUCCUGACUCUGCUUGCACCGCCACUUCAUAUCUGACUGGUGUGAAAACCAAGUAUGGAGUGAUAGGCCUUGAUGGAAAUGUUACCAGAGGAUCUUGCUACUCGCAGCUGUACGAGAAGAACUGGGCUCCUUCAAUUGGUCACUGGGCGCUGGAACACGGGUUAGACGUCGGUCUGGUGACAACGACACGUGUGACCCAUGCUUCCCCAGCAGGCAUGUACGCACACAGCUCUGAACGCAACUGGGAGUCGGACGCUGACGUCCCAGACGAAUGUCUCGCCAUGGGCUGCGAGGACAUCGCUCAUCAGUUGGUUUUCAAUGAGCCAGGCCGCAGAUUCAAGAUUAUACUUGGUGGCGGAAGACAAGAAUUCCUCCCCAACGUAACAGGCAGUACAGGCAGAAGACUUGACGGCGUGGACCUGAUAGAGAAGUGGCAGAAAGACAAAGUGGAGAGGAACGUGUCGUACGCAUACGUUAAUGACAAGAGUGAACUAAUGAAGGUAUACAACUCAGAUGAACUCCCAGAAUACCUACUGGGCUUAUUCCAUGACGACCAUAUGGCAUACCACCUCAAAUCUAGCAGCAACCAACCUACUCUCGAGGAGAUGGUGGAGAUCGCCAUCAAAAUGCUCAGCAAAAGUACCAAAGGGUAUUUUCUUUUCGUUGAAGGUGGAAGAAUAGACCACGCACACCAUGAUAGUCUAGCGCAUUUAGCUUUAGAUGAAACAGUGGAGUAUUCUAAAGCUGUAAAGAAAGCCAAGGAAAUGACCAACGAGGAAGACACUUUGAUAGUAGUCAGUUCAGAUCACGCUCACACGAUGACUGUAGCUGGUUACCCCUCAAGGGGUAACGAUAUAUUAGGGCUGGUGGAUACAACGAACGGGGACGAUGGAAUACCGUACACUACCAUCAGUUAUGCUAAUGGUAAAGCACCUUCCAUUGGAGCUGAUGGGAAAAGAGUUGAUGUCAGUUUACAUCAGAUGUUUACUUCACGAAACCCUGAUUACUCGUACCCUAGCCUAGUUCCCCUCGACUCUGAGACACAUGGCGGGGAGGACGUGGCUGUCUUCGCAUCAGGACCCUGGCAGCACUUGUUCACCUCUAGCUACGAACAAAACGUAAUCCCUCAUCUGAUGGCAUACGCUAUGUGUAUCGGUGAUGAGCAGCAUGCCAAUUGUAAAUCUAGUGGAACCAAUAUUCAGUCUAGUAUAUUAUAUAUUAGUAUAUUUUCUAUAGUAAUAACAAUAGGAUUAUAUUAUAAUUAGCCAUUGACUUAAAAAAUAUAAGGUUGUGAUUUGUCUAUAUUUUAAUCGCAUGCAGUAAUGUUUUGCAUUCAUUUUGGGGCUCUUCAAUUUGUAUAUGUGAUUUUUUUUAUACUAAUUUUCAAAAUUAGUUUUCGUAUAAGUAAUGUAAAAUAAUUUCUUUCCAACAAUGUUUCCUAUUAAGAAAUAUCAUGCUUUUGUAUAUAACACAGGUUUUAAUAAAUAUUUACAUAGAAAUAAGUAAUGUAACAUAAUUAUAAAUAGCAUCAUAGUGAGAGAACGAAUGUAUUUCCAUAGAUUUAAAAGAUUUUUCUGUAGUAGUGAAAUAUUUUUUUCAACUUGUAACCUUUUUUUUUCUUUUUCAAACUUGCAUUUUCAACUUACAUAAUUUACCUUGUUCUUUUUUAUUCAUAGAUAUUUUACUAUCAAUUUUUGAAAUUUGAAUCUUUAAUUUUUUCCUUUUUUCUCCCAAAUUCUUGCAUCUAUCAACUCGAAGCUUAUUUCUUUAUUACAACACUCAAAUUGUAAUAUUUUUUGUCAAUUUCUAAGCACGUAGCAUCACCUAUUGUUAUUAUAGUUCAUAUUAAAAAAUUGAAGUGCACCAAAAUUAUUGCAUCAUUAAUGUUCUAUAUAUUUCUAUAUAGUAAAAUUAUAAAAGUACAUACAGAAAGUACAACAUUUAAGAACAGAGGGCCUACCAUGAAAUGUUUUCCGAAAUUUCGGGUCCGAACGAAACACAAAUUGAUGUGAAAAUUACAUUAUAUAUACUUUAAAAAAUAUUUGAAAUGCCAGAAUAUCAUUCCUUUGGACAUUUAUGGUAGGAUUUAUGACGAACAAAAGGUUAAACUCCAUUUACUGGAUCGAUUCCGUUAUGAACAAAAACACGAAAUUGAGUCCGAAAAUUCGGAAUAUCAUUUCAUGGUAGACCCUCAGUUCUCGGAAUGUCGUUGAUUUGUGACAAACAUUGAAUCGAAUUCGAUCCAAUCCAAAAAUCGAAUAUUUACUUUUAAGGUUAUUUCGAUGAGUUCAUAUUACUUUCAUGCAUAUUUUAUUAUUAUGCAAGAAAAAAAUAUUUUAAUCAUGUUAGAAAUAAAGUGUUAGUUACCCUUUAAGUUUUUAUUAGUAAUAUUGCUUCCUGCUGUAUAUUUUUGCUUUGUAUUUUAUUCAUAAGCUGUAGAUCUCUGUAGAUAUUUAUGACAGGUCAAUUUAUAUUAGAAAAGUGUCUAUUAACUAUGAGCAAAUAUCAAACUUAUUUUAAAAUGAUUAUUACUAAUUUGCAUUUUUUCUUUUUGUGUACAAUUUAAAAGGUAAAAGUGCCUUUUCUUUUAAUUAUUUUAAUAACUUUUAGAAAUCUUGUAGUUAGAAUAGAAAAUAUGAUAUCAAUAAAAUAAAAAAGCAUUUAAUUAAAUAUAAUAGUAAAGUUAUAGUAAAUUCUAGUUUUCAAGGAAUAUAUUAAAUAUUCCUUGAAAAUAAGAAAGGCAACAAAUAAGGCACCUAAAUCCAUUAAAUUUAGAAUUUUAAUAAUUCUUGAAUUUUUUUACAAACAAACACUAAAUAUGUUUUUUUUUUUUGUAAAUAUAAUAAAAUAAAUAAUACUACAAAAUGGAAAACACCAAGAUAAACAGACAUACUUAAGAAUAACUUUUUUUUUAUUUCUACCAAACUAUGAAAUGAAAACUAUUAUGAAAAUCUAUAAAGACAUUUCCAAAACUUCUCUCUGCAUACAAACAUCUUUUUCGUACUGUACUGGGUUGACUGGAAGAGAUCUCUGACAGAGAUAAGUCCACCCUUGCUGACAACAUUUAUAAAUACAUUAUUUUAUAUGUAACUUACAAGUGCAAUAAAGAUAUAUAUAUAUAUAUAUAUAUAUAUAUAUAUAUAUAUAUAUAUAUAUAUAUAUAUAUAUAUAUAUAUAUAUAUAUAUAUAAUCUAUUUUCAACCGACUUCAAAAAACGAAGAAGGUUCUCAUAAUUUUUUUCCCAUAAUAGGUGGAAUUCUUUGAUUAAUUGAUUUUCAAAUAGUAAUAUAAAUAGUGACUUAUUUUAAAAAUUUAAUACCUACUGAUGAAAUUGGAAUAUUAGAUCUAAAUUUUCUUAUUUAUAUAAUAAAUUUAGAUAUAAAUUUAUUAUAUAGGUAAUAUUUUUUUAGUAAACCGCCACUAGUACAGAAUUAUAUUAUAGUACAAUAAUUUCUAGGCUGUUAUAGUAUUAAAAACGUUACAUUCCUAUAAUGCAAUCUUAGAUUAUAUAGAUAGAGCAUCAAGUCUCAAAAACGGGUCAACAUUUUGUCAAAUUAGCUGACUCUUUUUAUAUCAGUGUUCUAUAUACUUACGCAUAUAAUGUAUCUCGACGUAUCUAUAUUUAAUUAUUUAAUAAAUAAAAUUAGUUUUUACGCACUAGAAAGAUGCAAAAAUUAUAAAACAAAAUAAGUACAAAAGUUAUAAACGAAACGUUCAUAACUAUUUAUCACGCAAAAUUGUAUAAAAAAGUUGACCCGUUUUUCUCGAAGCAUUUGUAUGGAGAAACUCUAUCCAUAUAAUUCAAUAUUAUAAUGUACAUAUUAGAUAAGUAAUAUAAAUAAUUAGUAGAAUUAUUAUUUUUGUUGUUUUUUGUAUAAUAAAUUGACAUAUUUGGAUGUUUAUUAGAACAACAAAAUAAAUAAACGAUAUAAUGUAAAUAAUUCUUAUUAAUUAUGUUUAAACAAAAAUAAAUAAUAUCUAGUAUAAAUAAGAA